CCAUCCAUGUAGAACUUUGGUAAACGAACUUUGAUUCACUUCACCGAUCAGCAGUAAGCGACACCCAAUAGAACAUUUGCACAUUGAUGCAUUCAAACAAGCUUUAUGUAGMGAUGCCGUAUGAAGAAAUAACGCUGGGAGCCGCCAGCAAUGAGCGACGAAAUGGUGAAAGCCGAAGUCGAAGAGGAGGCAAUAACUCAGGUGAAGAUAUGAAAAUGGACGAGGUGCCUUUAAUGAUGGAAGAUGGAUUCGAUUAUGAUGAUGACGAUUAUCUUUCCGAAGGAUACGGCUCCACCGUCGAGGGAAAGAACGCUGCAAGAGGCAGACGAAAGCGAAAAGCAAAGCAAGGAGGUUUUUGUUCSAACUGCUGGUGGUUUUGCUGUGGCGGUUGGAAAAACUGCUGCGAAAGACUUGGGAAUAAAAUCAUGGGCAGAAUUGAAAUGAAAUCAAGAACAGUGGUGCUUGGAAAAGAGUCUGCCACACAAAAGUUUCCAGCAAAUGUAAUUAGAAAUCAAAAAUACAACAUUAUUACCUUCAUUCCAGUGGUUCUAUUUAAUCAAUUUAAGUUUUUUCUCAAUCUCUACUUCCUGGUUGUUGCUUUGUCCCAGUUUGUGCCUGCGAUAAAGAUAGGUUAUCUGUAUACUUAUUGGGGUCCUUUAGGUUUUGUUCUGGCUGUGACUAUGUGCAGAGAGGCCUACGAUGACUUUGUCAGGUACAGAAGAGAUAAAGAGAUGAACUCUGCAAUGUAUAAUAAACUGACAAAAAGAGGAGUGGUGAGAGUUCCUAGCUCACAGAUAAAAGUGUCAGAUCUUAUUUAUGUAGAAAAGAAUCAGCGUAUUCCUGCUGAUAUGAUAUUUUUAAGGACCUCAGAGAAAAGUGGUUCGUGUUUUCUUCGUACUGACCAACUUGAUGGAGAAACUGACUGGAAACUAAGAAUCACGGUCUCACCAUGUCAAAGACUACCUACUGACCAGGAUUUACUUAAUAUUAGUGCCUCUGUUUAUGCUGAAAAGCCACAAAAAGAUAUCCACAAUUUUAUUGGUACAUUUACACGGUAUGACGGAGAGAGGGCAGAGAUUCCUCUAAGCAUAGAGAAUACAUUAUGGUCUAACACUGUAGUAGCUUCAGGGACGGCAUUAGGAGUUGUUGUCUACACUGGCAAAGAAACUAGAAGUGUGAUGAACACAUCACAUGCAAAAUCUAAGAUUGGUUUGAUAGACUUAGAGUUAAACAAUCUUACCAAGGUGCUGUUUUUGGCUACUAUUUUAUUAUCACUGGUUCUAAUAGUACUAAAGGGUUUUAAUGGCCCCUGGUAUCGGUACUUCUUUCGUUUUAUUCUGUUAUUUUCUUACAUCAUUCCUCUGAGUCUACGGGUGAGUUUGGAUAUGGGUAAAGUGGUAUAUUCCUGGAUGAUAUCCCAUGAUAAGGAGAUAGCAGGGACGGUMGUAAGAAGUAGCACAAUACCAGAAGAGCUYGGAAGAAUUGGAUAUUUGCUYACUGACAAGACAGGGACUCUAACACAGAAUGAAAUGGUUUUCAAGAGACUUCAUCUUGGUACUGUUUCCUUUGCUGAAGACUCCAUUGAUGAGGUAAAACAACACUUGCAAACAGCAUACUCCCAAGCACAAGGUACAGCAGCUAGAAGACAAACAGCUAGUGUUUCCAAGGUCCGUCGAACUGUUGUCACUCGUGUACAAGAAGCUGUGAAAGCGAUUGCGUUAUGCCAUAAUGUCACSCCAGUCGCUGAUAAUUCUGAUCGUGGUGUGGCACGGUCUGAAUCUGUUACAAGCGACGAUWUGGAAAUGGAUAUCUUCAGUGGUCCUGACCGUGAACCUUCAGGCACGUCCAGGAAAAAGAGAGCAAUCACAUACCAGGCAUCCAGUCCUGAUGAGGUUGCUUUAGUAACAUGGACAGAGGAAGUUGGCCUUACUCUUGUCCAUCGUGACCUUGGAAGCAUGCGCAUCAAGACACCAUCAGGACAAGUUUUAGUGUAUAAUAUUCUKCAGAUAUUUCCAUUCACUUCYGAGACGAAACGAAUGGGAAUCAUUGUCAAGGAGCAAUCAACAGGGGAGAUUAYAUUUUACAUGAAAGGGGCUGAUGUUGUCAUGACGAAUAUAGUGCAAUACAAUGAUUGGCUAGAAGAGGAGUGUGGGAACAUGGGGAGAGAAGGUCUCCGUACAUUAGUUGUUGCUAAGAAGGCAUUAACAGAAGAACAAUAUGUUGACUUUGAGCACCGAUACAACCAAGCCAAGCUUAGUAUUGCUGACAGAGCUACCAAGGUUGCUGCUGUCCAGGAAUCUAUUGAACAUGAUAUGGAACUGCUGUGUCUCACAGGUGUUGAAGACAAGCUACAGGUAGAUGUCCGACCAACAUUAGAGCUUCUACGCAAUGCUGGCAUAAGAAUUUGGAUGUUAACAGGAGACAAGCUAGAAACAGCAACUUGUAUAGCACAAAGYUCACGUCUUGUGUCACGUAAUCAGUCAAUAUAUGUCUUCAAACAAGUUAAUUCUCGUAGUGAAGCUCAUCUUGAAUUAAAUUCCUUUAGACGUAAAAAUGAUUGUGCUUUAAUAAUCAAAGGAGACUCGCUUGAGACUUGCUUGAAUCAUUAUGAACAAGAGUUCAUGGAGUUGGCAUGCCACUGUCCAGCGGUUGUAUGCUGUCGUUGCUCACCACAACAGAAAGCUGACAUUGUACGCCUUGUACAAAUACAUACAGGCAAAAGAACUUGUGCGAUAGGUGAUGGAGGUAAUGAUGUUAGCAUGAUCCAAGCUGCCGAUGCUGGCAUUGGAAUAGAGGGCAAGGAGGGACGACAAGCAUCUUUGGCUUCAGAUUUCUCCAUCACACAGUUUAAAAACAUUGGUCGGCUACUUGUUUGGCAUGGCAGAAACAGUUACAAGAGGUCAGCUGCUCUCAGUCAGUUUGUUAUUCAUCGAGGAUUAAUCAUAUCUGUCAUGCAGGCUGUGUUCUCGUGUGUCUUCUAUUUUGUAUCAGUUUCUCUUUAUCAAGGCUUUCUUAUGGUUGGUUAUGCUACAGCAUACACCAUGUUCCCUGUUUUCUCUCUUGUGCUCGACGUUGAUGUUUCUGCUGACAAGGCACUGUUGUAUCCAGAACUUUAUAAAGAUUUGACUAAAGGUCGAUCACUUUCCUACAAGACGUUCUUUGUGUGGAUAUUAAUUUCAAUUUAUCAAGGUGCUAUCAUCAUGUUUGGAGGACUUCUUCUCUUUGAUGACGAGUUCAUUCAUGUUGUAUCUAUAACAUUCACCGCUCUUAUCUUGACCGAGUUAUUGAUGGUAGCUCUAACUAUUCGUACAUGGCACUGGUUAAUGGUCGUGGCUGAAUUACUGAGUCUAGCAAUUUAUGUGGCAUCACUCGCCCUUCUACGGGAUUACUUUGAUGCAUCGUUUCUCAUUUCAACUGACUUCAUCUGGAAAGUGGUUGUCAUUACUUUAGUCAGCUGUCUACCUCUGUAUAUACUGAAAUACUUGCGCAGAAAGUAUGCGCCUCCUAGCUACUCAAAACUGACGUAAUGUAUGUACUAUUAACAUAAUGAUGACAUAACAUAGAGCCCUCUGCUUCAGAAAACAGAUGGGAUUGGUUGGCUAAAAAAUUGUUCAGUGGAAAUUUUGUGGAUAUAUAGCUGUCAAUCAACAUUUUGACUUUCUAAUUAGCUUUAGAAAAUAAUUUAUAAAUAGACAAUUGUCUUGAUUGCUUCAAACUGACACAAAGAAUAAUAAGAAACUGAUUAAUCAUCAAAUCGAUCAUAUAAUAGUUUAUUUUUUUUGUUAAAAUGGUAUAAUUGCAAUUAUUUAAUUGAUGGAAUUUAGAGGGAUUAAGUAUAUUAUCUAGGUUUUCUACAAAAAGGUAAAAAGAAAUUAAAUAAAUAGACAAUAAAAUGUUAACUUAACUAUUCUAACCCUAAAUCUUUGCCCUGAAACGAAUAAAGAAUAUUGAAAAACGGUGCAAAAGCUUAUUAGUUUGAAUAAGAAAGAGAUGUAAUACAGCCUGAACUUCAGGGUGGAGCCUUGCCAAGUUUUUGAUAAUAUUGAGUUAUAGGUAGACCAAUUGUAUUUAUUUGUAAUAGCAAAUAAGAUGUUCAAAUUAUUCAUAAGAAUUGUAAAUAAAAUAACAGAAAUCUGUUUUAUUUGUACGAAGUAAAGCCAAGAAAAUG